AUGGCAACGAAGAGUAGUAUGUCAUCGAAUGCUGGGGGAAUUUCUAAGAAGGUGGCUAAGAGUUCGGGCUCACCACUUCCUAAGUACAAAGAUUUAAUUGUGGAAGCGGUACUUGGGUUAGGCGAACGUGGAGGAUCUUCUCGGCAGGCACUUAAGAAGUACAUUAAAGAUAAGUAUGCUGUGGGGUCGAAUUUCGACGGGCAAUUCAAUCUUGCCGUGAAGCGUGGAUUGGAAGCGGGUGAGUUGUCGCAGCCUAAGGGACCUGCAGGUUCAAUUAAGUUGUUGAAGAAAGCCGUUGCUUCUAAUUCUGUUUCGAAGCCUGCUGAGAAGAAGGUGACUAAGAAGAAGGUUGCUUCGGUGAAGAAGGUUAGCGGUAAGAAGGUUGCCACGAAGAAAGCAGUUACCAAGAAGCCUGCUGCUUCAUCCUCUGCAGCGGCUAAGAAGAGCACAGCGAAGAAGUCUGCUGCAUCUGCAGCUGCUCUGAAGAAGACCACCGCAAAGAAGCCUGUUGCUGGCAAGAGGUCUGCUGCAACUUCAAAGAAGCCUGCUAGCAAGAGGGCUGCCAAAAGUGCUUAA